AUGGCCCUGAAUGUCUUGAAUGAUGAAACGUGUGAUCUGAUUAAUGCGUCAUAUGCGAUACCCAAUCUUGAAACGGCGGUGAUGGAAGUGAUUUACAACAGUAUCGACGCUCAGGCAAAGAAAAUUACGGUGAUCGUUGACGUGGAAACGGCGUCUUUCACAGUGGUCGAUGAUGGAGAUGGCAUUCAGCCAGACGAUCUCCUUACAUACAUCGGAGAAUCUUACGCUUCAUCGAGAGUGACCCAGUUGAGUCCCACACGUCAUGUAAAGAGGCCGCCCAAAUAUUACGGCUGUCGCGGCGCCUUUCUAAGAGAACUGACCGCACUUGGUGCAGAGGUUGAAGUUGAGAGUCGAGUAAAGACGCAUUGGACUUCGUACCGAAAAAUUUUCAAGGAAGGAAACGUGGUUCUUAAAGCUCGCUCUGAACAGCAAUGUGAGGCACCAGGAACAAAAGUUGUUGUGUCAAAUCUCUUUUGGAAGCUUCCAGUGCGGCAAAAAGAUCUAAAUAAUAACGAAAAGCACCGUGCGCGUGUAAUUCAGAAUAUCAACACCUUUUGUGUGAAUAUGUCGAUGAUUUGGCCAUCGUUGUCAUUUUAUAGCCGCAACAAAGAUAAUGAUGUUCGACCAGUGACGAUUCCUGCCGUCAAUUCCUGUCGCGUGCGAUUUAUGAAGUAUUUUGGCCAAUUUCUUGGGAAUGAGCUACAAUACGUGGAUUUCACUUCCAAGAUCGCUCCAUAUUCGAUACGAGGUUAUAUAGCUUUUAUUCCUGGAGAACUUGGUGUUUUGGGGCAGGGAAUAAAGCAAGCCAAAAGCUACUAUCAAUUUGCAUACAUUGAGAACAAACCGGUGGUUGAAUGUCAUCGACUAUGCUCUCGAGUGAUUACAGAGGCUGCCUUACAAAUUGUUUCAUCUAUCCCCAUUUUCGUCCUGAAAAUUGCAGCUUUGAUCGGCAGCUACGACAUUUUCCGAAUUGGACAGAACAAGGACAUAUUAUUCAAAAGUCCUGAGCAGUUCCACCAGUUUCUUUACGAAUUCGUCGGGACGUUCGCCGCCACAGACUUCAAUCGGACUCCCGACCAGAAGUGUACAUCCACGAUCGAAGAAGAGAUUUGUAGUGAAAAGUAUCACGGCGCCGUUGAUUGGGUUGAGAAGCAAGCUGUACCCAAUCAUUUUUAUCAUCCAAAAGGCAGUCUUUCUGCUCCACAGAAACUAAGUAGUAAGAUGUCGAGGCCCCAAAAGAUGAUUUUUUGGGUAGAUGAAGUGGAUAGCGGCUAUAGUUCUGAGAACGAGCAAUGGACUAGCGAAUUUGCACAGCGCCCUUCGGCUAAACAAUGCUGUAUGGAUGAUAGUAGUGUCAAACCUACCAGUAGAUGCCACAAUUACAGUGAACGCAGCAAUAACGGUAUGGUCGAAACGGCUGAAAAACAGCAUGGAACUACUGGCAAAGAAGGCUCGUUAGAUUUUGAAGCCACCGGCUUUGAACCUUCUGAUUUUGCGAUUCAUUGUCAAGCUCUUGAUAGAACUGAGUUUGGCAAUCCAGAGCAUCUUUUAGAAGAUAUUUUCUUCUCGUACAGGCCAUGCUCAUCGCUGUUGCCGCAUGCGCCAGCCGAAAAUAAGAUUUCUGGACGGCCAUGGUUAAGCAGUAAGCCCGACGCAUUUGACUGUGCUGACGUCUUUUUGGACUUGUGUCAGGACUACUCCAGCAACAUUGUUAAGGACAGCGACGAAGAUAAAUCAGCCGAUUUCUAUAAGAAAAAUUGGCUAUUAGUUUCUGAUGAAAAUCAGAUAUGUCAGAGGCCAACUUCUCGACCAACGGCUGAGAUAUCAGAUCUUCCAAGUUCAAAUUACAAAUCGAAGUAUUUUGACAUUGAACGAUCAACAAACGACAAUGUGCGACGGUGGGAUAAAAGCAAGAUGGCCUCAUUUGAUCGCUUCGCUAGUGCGCUGCGGAUAGAAAAUACCGGUGUUUCUUCAGGAGAUCAGAGUAUCAAAAUCAGCAAGUCUGUCCUUGAAAAUAUGCAGGUGAUCCGCCAAAUUGAUCGCAAGUUUAUUCUCGUUCAAGUAGAUACUCAGCGUGGUAAAUUGGUGCUUUGCAUCGAUCAACAUGCAGCGGAUGAGCGAGUUCGAUUGGAGACAUUAGAGAAAGAGAUGUUUGGUCAGGAUGGGACUUUACGUCGGGUGGAAACCGGGGAUCACAAGCCGCCCAUUGCAUUACGAAUGAAUCAUAUAGAGUAUGAAACUCUGUGCCACCACGCACGUCUCAUCAGAAGCUGGGGGUUUGAGUUCAAUUCUGUCGCAUUGAAGCCAAAACCGUGUUUUCAAGUACGUGAAAAGCCUGAAACAAGUGGGACGGUCUGUGUGUUAUUGUAUAGAACCCCAAAGGUGGAUGGAAGACUAACAGAAGGUGGAGAUUUCCGAGACUAUAUUCAGCUUUUGUCUAAUGCUAGUGAAGCGUAUCAGUUCUCCCGUAUUCGCCCACCUGUUAUCACGAGGCUUCUACACUCUAGAGCUUGUCGCAGUGCAAUUAUGUUUGGCGAUCAUCUAAGCCUUGGCCAGUGCAAAGAAUUGAUCGAAGAUCUAAAAACAUGCCAGCUGCCUUUUCAGUGCGCUCACGGUCGACCCUCAAUCGUUCCUCUCGCAGACAUACACGAUGGUGUAUCUUCAUGUUAG